UGCAGGCGCUGCCCAGACGGUGAAUAAUGCGCGGCCUGGCGGCAGGAGCGCCGGGAAGAGGCCUGGAAGGGGUGGCUGGGCGAGUGGAGGGACCGAGGCUCCCGCAGGGGCGCCCCUGCCACCCCAACCCGAGACAUCCACCACAACUCUGGCCCCUGCGGCCCGGGGUCCCACAGACACUCCCCCCACAAGAGGCCGCGGGGUGUUACCGGCCGCUGUUGGCGACCCCUGACCCAAAUUAGCCAGACCCAAGCGGGGGGGCGUGGCUGGCGCCGGGGGCGGGGCUGAUGAGAGACUUACGGACUAAGAGACAACGAGAGACAAAGAGAGGCUGAGAUCAGGAGAGACCGAGCGGCGCUGCCGAGCAGGGCCCCCACCCCCGGGCUAGGUCGAGGCCUCUCAGACCUCUCUAGACCGGAUCCCCGCGUCUUUGGGGCGUCUUCUGCCGCCAGGCCCUCUAUCCGGACCCCGCGCCGACGUGGCGGCGCCCAGGUCCUCUGACGGGCGGGUCCCCCGGCUGUGACUCUGUUUCCCUGGGAAAUCCCCCGUGGGGGCAGCCCGCCCUUCCGUGCCUUCCACUUUCUUCACUUCUGAGACUGCAGCGCCGAGACCCCCGCGCGGACGGAUCCACCUAGGAAAUUGUGACCCAUGAAGUUGACCUUGGAGCCACGGAGACAACCAGGGACCCUUGGCCCACAGCCAGCUGCCUGUCCUCUCCACACUGGAUACAUCCUGGAGGUGUGCCAAAGCCAGUGCCAGCCUGCCCCAUCUGCAGUGUUGGCCUGAUGGGGUGGUGACUCAUCCUGCCCAGCUCCAGCACCAUGUGGUCCAAUAGCAGCUCCCUGGGCCCCUGUUUCCGGCCCACAAACAUCACGCUGGAGGAACGGCGCCUGAUCGCCUCCCCCUGGUUCGCGGCCUCCUUCUGCGUGGUGGGCCUGGCCUCCAACCUGCUGGCCCUGAGCGUACUGGCAGGCGCGCGGCAGGGUGGCUCACAAACACGCUCCUCCUUCCUCACCUUCCUUUGUGGUCUCGUCCUCACUGACUUCCUGGGGUUAUUGGUCACCGGCACCAUUGUGGUGACCCAGCAUGCUGUCCUCUUCGACUGGCGUGCUGUGGACCCCAGUUGCCGUCUCUGCCAUUUCAUGGGCGUUGUCAUGGUCUUUUUCGGCUUGUGCCCACUGCUGCUUGGGGCCACCAUGGCCUCGGAACGCUACCUGGGCAUCACCCGGCCCUUCUCACGCCCAGCCGUCACCUCCCAGCGCCGUGCCUGGGCCACCGUGGGGCUGGUAUGGGGCGCCGCACUGGCACUUGGCCUGCUGCCCCUGCUGGGCGUGGGCCGCUACUCCAUCCAGUACCCGGGCUCCUGGUGCUUCCUCACACUAGGCACUGAGCCAGGGGAUGUAGCCUUUGGCCUGCUCUUCUCAAUGCUUGGCAGCCUCUCGGUGGGGCUGUCCUUCCUACUCAACACGGUCAGCGUGGCCACACUGUGCCACGUCUACCAUGGGCAAGAGGCUGCCCAGCAGCGUCCCCGAGACUGCGAGGUUGAGAUGAUGGCUCAACUCCUAGGCAUCAUGGUGGUGGCCAGUGUCUGCUGGAUGCCACUUCUGGUCUUCAUCGCCCAGACAGUGUUGCGGAACCCACCUGCAAUGAGCCCUGCUGGGCAGUUGUCUCGAGCCACUGAGAAGCAGCUGCUGAUCUACCUGCGCGUGGCCACCUGGAACCAGAUUCUGGACCCCUGGGUGUACAUCUUGUUCCGCCGUGCCGUACUUCGGCGCCUGCACCCACGCCUCAGUGCCCGGAGCAGGUCGCUUUCCCUGCGGCCCCAGCUCCCACAGGGCUCCGUGUUGCAGUAGGACCUGGGUGGCACAAGUGGACAUCACCCCUGCCUGCAUGUCCCCUGCCAAGCCCUCAGUCCUCUCUGUCACAUCUGGCUGUCCUGAUACUGCAUGAGCUGUGUGCUGCUUGAUGGAUGGAGGAUUUUAUUUGCAGGAUUCUGGGUCAUCUUCCAUCUACCCUGGGCAUUCUCCAAUUACUUCCCGACCCUGCCAAGGCCUGUCCCCCUGCCUCAGCCCUUGUCUUCUACUUAGACCCCCUCCCCUUCUCUGAGCUCUUCUCGACCCCAGGGAGGGGAGUUUUGGGGGUGCUGAGAAGAGAAUCUUGUAAGGCUUAGAGUGGCCAAAGUCUCUCUUCCAGAAGUCUUCCUGACAUGGGGGAGUCUUUGACCCCUGAAAAUGACCUGCUUAUUGGGGUACAGUUGCUUUCCUUUGAGAUCCCAGCCUGGGAAGGCUAUCUAGAAAGGAUUGAAUGUGACCCAGGAGGACACCCCCUCUCUUGCCAAAAUAUAUUCCCGCCUUUGGCUUUUUCCCUUUGGGUCCUGAAGCUGACGGCCUCAGGAUUCCAUGUGUGAGAUUGCUAUCUGGCCUUGGGAAUUGGCUGGGUUCUAAUGCCUCUCGCACCUCAUUUAUGGAGUGUUUUUUCUUCCUUUAAAAAAAAUUUUUUGAGGGUGGUGCCUGUGGCUCAAAGGGGUAGGGCACCAGCCCCAUAUGCCAGAGGUGACGGGUUCAAGCCCAGCCCCAGCCAAAAACUGCAAAAAAAAAAAUUUUUUUUUUGAGGCAGGGUCUUGCUCUGUAGUCUAGGCUAGAGUGCAGUGGUGCCAUCAUAGUUGACUGAAACCUCAAACUCCUGGGGCUCAAGCGAUCCACCUGCCUCAGUCUCCCGAACAGCUGGGAGUACAAGUAUGCACCACCAUCCAUGAGUAAUUUUUCUAUUUUUUGCAGAGAUGGGGUCUGGCUAUGUUGUCCAGACUGGUCUCGAACUCCUGGCCUCAACUGAUCCUCCUGCCUCAGCUUCUGCAAAUUCUGGGAUUACAGGCAUGAGCUGCAGCCCCAGCUAAUCAUUUCCUAAGCACUUUAUAAGCAAGGUCUCCUUGAAUUCUCUCAACAACUAUUGGGGGAGGCUCUAGGAUUGAACCCAUUUUGCAGUUGAGAAGGAGGGAGGGAGAGAGAGACAUACACAAGACCAUGGAGUGAAUCCUGCUUCCUCUACUCCUGACUAGGUUCCUAUGUCCAUUCAUUUACUCAGUAACGUUUCAGACUCCCUAGUGCUGGGGACAGCGCUGCACCCACAGUUGGUGUUCAAUAAAUACUGGUUGAAUGGACCAAUGACCAAGUUUUUCUGGAAC